GCCGACGUUGUUGCUCAUGAUGCCCUCAGACAACCUCGAGCGCUUUGGCGCUUAUUAGCACCGACUAUCGCGCUCGUGCAGCUCUUGUGGGGGACGCGGCGCGCCUGAGAGAUUGACAAAAAGCCCUAAGCCGUUAUGGAUGGGUCGCUGUUGUUUGUUAAUAAGACGCAGACGUCGAGAGUCUUGUCCAGAAGCAAGGCGGGUGAACGAUCAGCCAUUUUGAGCCAUGUGCAGAAUAACCGACGCAAGCACGAGGCUGAAGUAUCACACCGAACGAAACCAUGGUCCAAAUUCAUCACCACUUUACCAACAUCGGAUGAUUCGAAAGGCUCUGAGAUAAAUGCGGUGAGGGUGAAGUUUGUCGCCUUUGUCGAGGAAUCAAACCCCAAGAAGCAGAGGGAAAAGAAGGACAACCAGAAACUGCAGUCCCUGUCAACAACCUUGAAGCCCUCGUAUAAUUCUUCGGAUCCAUUUCACUGCACAAUAGCAAAUAUGGAUGCCGGCACCCACGCUAUCCUUCAUAUUACCUUUUCCCAGGCAUCACGAGCAAAUUUCCUCGCCGAAUCUUUUGCCCCAUCAUAUAUGCUCCUGCAUCAGCUCCCCACACGGCACGAUGCAAUGUUUCAGCUUCGUCUAAAACGAUGUGUCGAAGAUGAAAAACUCAUGUACUCAACCCUUGCAUACGGCUCUAGCCUUUUGGGCUGGAUGAUGGGCCGCUUCGACUCUGCAAAGCAGCCAGAAUACUUUCUCGACAAGGCCCUUCGUGCUGUGAGAAAUUAUCUCGCCACUCCCGGCUACAUAGUCGACGACUGGCUUCUGCUCUCCAUGUAUGCUCUUGCAGUGACGGAAAUGUGGAACGGUCUGCCGGUCAUGUGGGAGCGAUCGCCGCAGAGACACGCCAUGGUCUCCAUGCUGGGAUCUCACGGGUUUGCCGCUUGUCGGAUGCAUCUCAAGGCACUACUCCAAAUCGUUGAAAAUGCUGGUGGAUGGGAACAGUUUAAUCCCUACAUCUUGGACAGUGUAGUAAUGGCAGACAGAUACAUGGCCAUCAGCCAUGGGCGACCACUCGUUAUUCCCAUCACUUGGGACCCGGGGCCAUUGCCUCCUUCGAUUCGUGAGGAGCUCGGCAUAACGGGAGAGUCGGUGUUGCCUCUACUUGGCACGAGUCUUCUCUUAGAGUCGCUUUCUGAGGAGCUCCAUAGCGUGGUUCGAGACUUGGUCGAUUAUUGUCGGAUCGCGAGCGAGGCAUGGGCUUGGUCGUCGAUUGGACCUGAAGCGGAAGGCUGGCUCUUCAGGCGAUUGCAAGCAAUAUCAUGUCGACUUCUGAAUCAUAUCCAUGAUGAACAAAUAUCCCACGCCCACCUUUGCAUCUGCUUUGCAACACUGACCUUUAUCUCGAGGUCCAUUGCCGCCAAGGGGCCACAGAUGAGCGCGCAAUACGCGGCUGGCCAGCUAUGUUUGUUGCUCCAGGAAAAGCAUCAUUCUGCAGAAGAGAUGGAAAUUUCCGAAAGCUUGUAUUUUUGGUUGCUGUUUAUGGGGUCGGUAGUUGCUGAACCACAGCUGUGGUUCCUUGAGCAGCUGGCAGAAUACUGUGAGGAGGGAGAAAUUUCAGAGUCGAGUUUGGAGGCUAGAUUGGAGCCCUAUCUCUAUCUCCCCUCACGCCAGGGCACACGCAUGCCCUUCAUAGUUGAUUAUUUAAACUCUACCAGCGAGAGGACUACGAGGGAUAUUAUAUAGAAUUUUCUUUUAUUUCACUUUCUUCUUUAACGUGCAAGAUGUGGACUUUUCUAAUGUUGGGAGACAUGAUGCACAACUUGAAUCUGCAUUUUUGUUUACACGAGAGAAGGCUAGGACCCUAUCUGCUAUAAUAAUACUGAGAGUUGAUACUUCUAACUAAAAAUAAGGGAUUAAUUAGAUAAUUAAUGCAGAACACUAACCGCG